AUGAGAGGAUUAAUUCUUCUUGGUUUUGUCUUUGUUGUUUAUGUUGCAUCAACAGCAUUUGGUGCUGAAGAUAAACUUUAUGUAACAAAAAAAGUUUAUUUCGAUAUUGAAAUUGGUGGCAAGAAAGAAGGUCGUAUUGUUAUUGGUUUAUUUGGUGAUGUUGUACCAAAAACAGCAGAAAACUUUGCACAAUUAGCAACUGGUACCAAAGGUUUCGGAUAUAAAGGCUCAAAAUUUCAUCGUGUUAUUAAAAACUUUAUGAUCCAAGGUGGUGAUUUCGAUCGGGGAGAUGGUACUGGUGGUAAAAGUAUCUAUGGUGCUAAAUUCGCUGAUGAAAACUUUACAUUGAAACAUUAUGGUGCUGGAUGGCUUUCAAUGGCUAAUGCCGGUAAAGAUACCAAUGGUAGUCAAUUUUUUCUUACAACAGUUAAAACUGAAUGGCUCGAUGGUCGACAUGUUGUUUUCGGAAAAGUUCUUGAAGGUAUGUCGAUUGUACACAAAAUUGCGAAUGGAAAAACAGGUCCAAAUGAUCGUCCAGCAUCAGAUGUUGUUAUCGCUGAUAGUGGUGUUAUUGAUGUACCAAGUAAACUUGCCGUCGAACGAGCACCAGUCGAUGCUAAAACUAUAUUUUUCCGAUCAUUUUGUAUAUCACGAAUGGAUGAAUCAACAAAACCUAAACGUAAUCGUGCAGAGAAAAAAAGCAAGAAACAACAAAAAAACGAUUCGAAAACUGAAAAAAUUGAUGAUAAUGUUUUCAAUGAAGAUACUCAACAGCAACAGAAAUUACCUGAAUCAGAUAUACCAAAAGAAAUUAUUGAAACGACAACAAUGUCUUCAAUACCUAAUCGUCCAGCAUCAUUAGCUUCAUCCGUAGCUUCGAUCACAAGUAAUCAAAAUCCUUCGGUUUCAAGUAAAAAACAACAAGCUAAACAAAGUAAACCUGCAGCAUCAGGAGGAAAAACUGCUUCGGAAGCAACUUCAGUUAGUGAUAUUACUGAAAUCACUGAACAUCUUGCGACUACAACUAUUCAACAAAAUCCUCAUGGUCCACCUAUAUCUAUCCCACCAAAAGUCCUAUUAUCAAAAGCUGAACGUCGUGCUAAACAAGAAGCAGAAAGAGCUGCUAAAUCAUCGAAACAGAAACCAGGUACAUCCACUCCAAAACCCAAUGAAACACCACAAGCAUCUGCAAUUUCAAAGAAACCAUCCACUGAUCAUACUCCUACACCAUCCAUAUCAGCACAUUUAUCAGGAUCUCAUCGACCUCAAUCUGAAAUUAGCGAAGCGGGAACUUUAGUCAGUUCAAGAUCAGUAAGACCAACUACAACUACUUCAAGUAUAAUUUCCAAUCAACCUCAACAAAAACGUCAACCAAAGAAAGCCAGUAAUGAACGUGUAACACUUUUUUCUCAUCUUACAAUUUAUUCACGUACCCUUGAAAAACUUUCCAUGACGUCUGACUCAAAAUUAGUACAUCCAGCAAUUAUUAAAUUAGGUUUACAAUAUGCAACAAGACAAAUUGUUGGUUCUAAUUUACGAUGUGUCGCUUUUCUUGUUGCAAUUCAAAAAAUGAUUGAAGAUUAUGAAGGUCCAGCAGGUUCAAAUAAUUUAUCCAUACUCGAUCCUGUUGAUCUUAACACAAAACUAAAAAUGAAUAUCAAUUUUCUUACGAAAUGUCGUCCAAAUGCAGUAACAAUGGGCACAGCUAUACGCUAUUUAAAAACUCAUAUUGAACGUAUACCACGUAAUAUAACAAAUGAAAAAGCAAAAGAACUAUUAGAUGAUGUUAUUAAAAGUUUUUUACGAGAAAAAAUUGAAUUAUCCGGUACAGCUAUUGCCGAAACAUAUGCUAUUACAAAAAUUACUAAUGGAGAUGUUAUUCUCAUAUUUGGAUAUUCAUCAUUAAUAAUGCGUAUCUUAGAAGUAGCUGUUAGACGUUCAAUUGAUUUUCGAGUUAUUAUUGUUGAUUCUCGUCCUCAACAACAUGGACUUAAAUCAGCUCGAAGAUUAUUAUCAUUAAAUGUUAAAUGUACCUAUGUAUUAAUUAAUGCUGUAUCAUUUAUUAUUUCCGAAGUAACAAAAGUAUUAUUAGGUGCACACGGUUUACUUGGAAAUGGUUAUGUUAUGAGUCAAAUUGGUACAGCACAAAUAUCUCUUAUUGCAAAAACACAUAAUGUACCUGUACUUGUUUGCUGUGAAACAUAUAAAUUUUGUGAACGUGUUCAAACUGAUAGUUUCGUUUUUAAUGAACUUGGUGAUCCAAAUGAUCUAACAGCUAAUCAUCCACUUCUUUCUGCUGCUAUACCAUCAUCAUCAUCAUCAUCAACAACAGCAGAUGAUUCAAAUUCAAAUUUGAAUAUUCUUAAUAUGACUUAUGAUGUUACACCACCGACAUUUAUUAGUGCUGUCAUUACAGAAUUAGGUAUUUUACCAUGUACAUCAGUAGCUGUUGUUAUACGUAUGCAAAAUAAACAAUUAGAUGAAAUAUGUGGACAAGAGCAACAAUCAAUAACAACAACAGCAACGACUUCGAAUAUGAACGUACAUAAUCCGCCUCUAGAAACUGUUUAA